AUGUUAUCGGGGUUGAUGAACUUUUUGAGGGCCUGUUUUUGGCCGAAAGCAGAUGGAUACGUUCACACGGGUUCGGAUGCUAGUGGUCGUCAAGUGGGGCUUCUGUGGUACAAGGACACAGGGCAGCAUUUUAAUGGAGAGUUUUCAAUGGCUGUAGUUCAAGCUAAUAAUUUAAUUGAGGAUCAGAGCCAACUUGAAUCAGGUAGUUUGGGCAUGCAUGAUUCUGGGCCAUAUGGCACUUUUGUGGGGAUUUACGAUGGACAUGGUGGUCCGGAGGCUUCUCAAUUUGUCAAUGAUCACCUCUUCCAACAUCUCAAGAGGCUCACCUCUGAGCAUCAAACUAUGUCGACGGAGGUAAUUCGGAAGGCAUUUCAAGCAACAGAAGAUGGUUUUUUCUCAGUUGUGAGCAAACAGUGGCCUACAAAACCACAGAUAGCAUCAGUUGGCACAUGCUGCCUUGUUGGACUUAUCUGCAACGGAACUCUCUAUGUUGCAAACCUUGGGGAUUCUCGAGCUGUUAUGGGCAGACUUGUCAAGGCAACAGGGGAAGUACUGGCCAUUCAGCUCUCAACAGAGCACAAUGCGAGUAUCGAAUCUGUGAGACAGGAGCUGCAAUCUCUUCACCCAGAUGACUCACAAAUAAUUUCUAGAUCAAUUGGUGAUGUGUAUUUGAAAAAGGCUGAAUUCAACAGGGAGCCAUUAUAUGCUAAGUUUCGACUGCGUGAACCCUUCAAAAGACCAAUUUUGAGCUCAGAACCGUCAAUUUCUGUGCACCAGUUGCUACCUCAAGAUCAGUUCAUUAUAUUGGCUUCAGAUGGCCUGUGGGAACACCUCACUAACCAAGACGCAGUUGAUCUAGUCCAAAGUCAUCCCCGCAGUGGGAGUGCUAGGAGAUUAGUGAAAGCAGCAUUGCAAGAAGCUGCGAAGAAGAGGGAAAUGAGGUACUCCGACUUAGAGAAAAUCGAGCGAGGAAUCCGUCGGCAUUUCCACGAUGACAUCUCAGUUAUUGUUGUGUUUCUCGACUCAUAUCUUGUGAGCAGGGCUAGUUCAACCAAGAGUCCUAAUAUAUCCGUGAAAGGGGGUGGCGCCAUCAAUCUACCUCCAAAUAUGCUUGUUCCUUAA